AUUUUUGGGUUAUUUGCCCUGGCGGAGUGAUCUUUGUUUGCAGAAGUCCUGACAGCGGUUAACGACAGCUAAAUUAACAGACUGUAAAUUCAUGACUGCACUUACAAAGAACAACGCCGUUUUCUGCUCACUUUGACCUCUUCACUAUCAAAAAUAAGAAGCAAGACAAAGCAGACAUUCAUGGCAAUGGAAAGGAAAAGCCUGCCUGUGAGGCGUGUUCUCAACAAGCCAGCGAUAUUCCGCAGUGACCCUCGGCUGGAUGCGACUGCCAGCCUCUCCAGGGGUGGACGCUCCCUCCAGCCCAAAGCGCAGCCCAGCAGGCACAAACAUCUGUAUGACGUCAACCAUCGGGUCAAGAUCAAGCCUGAUUUAAACACAACACUACCCGUCCGACAAACCGCGUCCAUCUUUAAACAGCCGGUGACCAAAGUGACAAACCACCCCAACAACAAGGUGAAGACGGACCCUCAGAAGGCUGUGGAUCAACCAAAACAAUUGUUCUGGGAAAGGAAGCUGAGCGGCUUGAAUGCAUUCGAUAUAGCAGAGGAGCCGGUGAAAUCUAUGGAUCUCCCCAAAGGCCUGCAGGGUGUCGGGCCCGUUUGUUCAGACAGAACGCUGCUCUCUGCCAUCGCCAGCUCCCUGCACACCAGCCCCGUGCCCAUCACCGGGCAGCUGACUGCUGCUGUGGAGAAGAACCCCGGCGUGUGGCUGAACACGGCGCAGCCGCUCUGCAAAGCCUUCGUAGUGACUGAUGACGACAUCAG